CCAUAUAUAGACAGACAUGAAACAGAUGCAUUUCCUGUGAAGAUAAUAUGCACACCCAGGCACCUUUACGACCAGGGAAUCUGAUACAAGGAUAAGCCAUAAAAAUGAAAUGCGCAGAAUGCGACGGCAAAUGUCUGGAAGGAGGGACACACUGUCCGGAAUGUCAGCAGGCUCUGAAGGGCCCAGAUGGGUCGCAGAGUCAGACAGAAGGAACUAAACCUUUAGAACUAGAUACAAAUGAACCAAACCCUCUAAGUUCAGGAUGGUCAGAAGAUGCCCCUGCUGAACAGGAUCCAGGACCUGGACUCCAGCCACCAGCUGAUUCUGCUGAAGCAGCCAAUGAGGAACGCAAGGUCGGAGCUACAGACCAAGCCACUGGAGAAGCGGAGACAGAGGAGCAGAAAGAGGGGAAAACACCGGAUAGUAGAGGAUCUGGAAGUUUAGAACCAGAAAUAAAUGAAGGAAAUGAAGAAAAUGAAGGAAAACCUGAGAGUCCAGGACUUUUGAAAGAUGUCCUGUCUGGGCAGGAAUCAGGACCUGGAUCCCAGCUUCAGGCAAAAACAGAGGGACACGAGGACACCAGCUCAGACAGCAACCGCGCUGAGUCAGGGAGAGGUGAUGACCAGCAGCUGCAGGAUAAUAACUCCUGGGUGAUAAUACCCGACAGCGCAGAUGGUGAAGAUGGAGACGCUGCUGGAGCAGAAAUGAAUACACAGGGAGCAGAGCAAACAGCAGAACUCUCAUGCCAAGAAUGGAGAACUUCAGAACUGAACCAAGACGAAGCACAUCCGCUAAGUUCAGGAUGGGAAUCGAGACCUGGAUCCCAGCCGCAGUCCCAUGCUGCUGGAGUAACAGAUGAGCUCGUGCUGUCGCUGGGACAAGAGACCAGAAUUAAACAGUUCUCUGGGCACCAGCCAGAGUCACCAAGGAACGUGGAAAUAGGCUACCUUACAGGCUCUGCUUCCCAGCCGAAGGAGAUGAAAAGGAAGGGUCGUAAACAUUCGGAUCAGACACAGGUAGCCUCUAAAUCACAGACCCAGGUCCCUGGCAGCGCAGUGAGAGAGGGGGCUGUGCAGCUGAACAUGAAUCACUACACAGCAGAUCGUGAGGGAAACAAAGAGGCCUCGGCAUCGGAGGAGAGCAUUUUAUUGGAGACUUAUUUUCCAAACACGAGUUGCGCAGGGAAGGACACAAUGACUCUGGAGUUUGUUGUUGUAUGGUCUAAAAAUGUUGCAUUUGAUGAAAAUCUUAACAAGAUUGUUGUUGCAGCCUACAAUGGUCCCAGGAGAUACCAAGAAAUUGCUAGGAUGAAAAAAAGGUUCGAGAAUAACUACGGGCUCCUUGUCGUAGGCCAAGCAACAAUUCCUGUUUUGGAUCUACAAAGCAGACAACCCAUCUAUUAUAAAUAUGGGGUUAUUGACAUCUACAGUGGUACAAGAGCUAUUCAGUUAGAGCAUAUUUAUAUAACAACCCACAGAAAUGAAAAGGCUGAGUUCCACCGAGUUCUAGCUGUGCCCGAAUCGGCCAUCAAAGCAGGAGGAGUGUGGACCCAAUUUGAUGAUAUCUGUCAGUCCCGGUCUGGCUCUGUAUCGAUAGGAAAGUCCAAAAAGACUGCUAGUGAGUUUAUCCUGCAGUUCCUGGAAGAUGAGCUUCUCAAAGACCUUUCUCAUGGGAAGGAUCUUGGUGAUGUGGAAAGAAAGCUUGACAGCUUCAAGGAGUGCUUCAAAACCAGCAGCAUCGGGGAUGCAGAGCAAAAAAUAAGUGAUCUCAAAACUGACAUUGACGAGUUAAAGGUGUAUGAUUACAUCCGCAAAUUCAUUGAAAAUGUACUCGGAAAACCCAGAUUUCGGCAUCCUACCAUUUCAGCGAUGGAUGUUCUCCUCUUUGCGUUAUGCACAGUAGUUCACCACAAUAUCUGUAUAAGUGCAGAAGCCAUGAGCAAGAUUGAACAAAUGGCCCAAAAUGUUGACUCACAGAAAGACAAAUUCAUGAACCUGAAAGAACCAAGAAAAAGGAAGUGUAUCUUAGCUCUGAAGCAUGUUUGCAUCCAAAGCUCCAAAGACUCUAAGAGCACAUGUUGGAUCUGGCUGCUUCCUUUCCUGUAUGCAGUUCAAAGGGACCCAUUUGAACCGGCAAAGGACCCUUUAACUUCACAAGACACGCGGUCGCUGCCUUUCGCUCAGCUGAGGCGGGAAGAAGAGAAGCAAACGAAAGUUCUGGCGAUGAUAGACGCCCAUCAGACCUUCAUCGGGAGCUGCGCUCCUCUGGCAGAGAAAGUCAUUGAGAUGCUUGCCCUGAAGAAUUUUUGUAGAGAGCCUGUUCCUCACAUUCAUGUGCCGCUGCAGCUUCUCUUGAGCAACGUCUACCGGCGGAUCACCCGUCACCUAGCAGAGGGUCACGGAAUAAACUCGUUUCAGGAAAGUGAUGUCAAUGUAGUUUUGAAGGACAUUGCCAGAAGGACAGAGGCUUGGCUUGGUACCAGACAUCAGACAGGAAAUGCAGAGGAUGUUUUGCAGCCAAAGGAGUUGGAGGAUGUUCUGCAAUGCCUUAAUCUAACACUAGCUUUGGUCACAAUUUUCUUGAAAUACCCAAAGAAAAUACCAUUCAGCCCCGUGAUGACAUCACUGCAGAUUUUGGAAUUGUUCUCUGAAACAGAAGAUUUACUGCAAACCAAAAGGGAUUUUCGGGUCCUUAAGCAGACCCAGAGGCUCAAGGAAUUUAUGAAUGUAGCAGAAUCAUGGAUCCAGGAGUUAUUCCCCAAAUCGUCUGAACAGGAAAAAGUCUUUUUUCAUUAUAUUGACAUGUGGGAUCAGCUCAUUUCCGCUGGACUGUUCUGUGAUGAGUGGACCCGGGACUGGCGAAAACGUAUUAAAUCUUUGUUUGCAGAGUGGCUAAAAAGGGUGAACCAUAAACAUCUGUUUGAUUACUACUUGACUUUCAUUAACGUUAACAAGUACCGAGAUACAGAACUGGAAAACUGCUUUUCACAACACAUCAUUCAGAGUAUCAAAGGGCUGACAAAAAGCAAGAAGUCAGUGUUGAAAGAAAUUCUUCGCAAAUUUUCAAAGACGAACAAGCCAAUUCUUGCACAAAUCGUAUCUACUAUCAUUGAAAAUAUGUGGACUGAAGAAUUGAAUCAAAUAGAGAAUGCUAACCGGUUUGAAAAGAACACAGCCGAUGUUCUCAUACAGCUACUCAACUCCUCCAUGGGCUUGGAUAUUAUCUCAGCUGUCCAAAAUUUGAAGCCCAAGGUUCAAAAUCAAAUCAGCAGAGAUGCACGACUGUUGCUUUCAAAAGUGUCUGAGUUGUUCUCCUUUGUGGGUCGUAGUAUAUUUUCGGGAGACAUCCCAUUCAAUGUACUAUCUGCCAUUUUACAACACAUGCAGGAAUUUGCCAAGAUGCUGACUCUCAUCGAGCCAUCUUUCUCUCAAUAUAUAAAGGAAGUGCUGUAUGUCAGGGGAAACGAAUUUGAGCAGCUGAAAGAACAGACACAGCAAAGACGAGCAUUUUUGUGUCUGUGCAGCUGCAUCAUGGACAUCAUAAAAGUUGAUGUAGGUGCCAUGGAACAAAGCGUUGCAAUUAAACAGAGCAUUAAGGAUCAGAUGCUGGUGAAGAAAUACUCCAUACGUGGAAAGGAGAAAAGUGAAGAUCUGCAGUCGCACCCACUCGCUAAACACGACAACAUGGUUAGAAAAGUUCAUACCCUACAGGAAAGCCAGUUCUUCCGGAAACUGUGGAAGCUGAAAGCGGAACUUGCCAAGGAUGUUUUCCCAGACAAAGCCCUUCUUUCCCUGGAUGAAGUGCAGGAAAACAUUUACCUGCCGGCCAUGGUCGAUUUUCAAACCACCUAUCUGGCCCUUAAAGAUUUUUCCAUCAGUCUUGGUGACAUUGAGAGACAGUUUGAAAACAUCAUGCUAACAAAUGAAAAGCUGCUCAGAGAGGAAUUUAAAAUCAUGGAGAAGAGCGAGGGAGGACCCAGCAGCAAGUCUGAGUGGGCUGAGGCCGCGGUGGUUAAGAUUACAAGCUACUUGAAGCUCUCCACGGUGGUGAAGACAGCCAAAAUGAUAGAUGAGCUACGAAAGAUACUGGGACUCAGUGGAGAUUUCCAGCUCCUUGAUGACCUGACCAAAUACGAAGACGAGGACUUCAAGGACAAGACUCUUGGUUAUAUGACUGAUGAUAUUGUAAAGGUUAAAGAUACUCUGAGUAACAUCCCUGAGAGUGUGCUUGACUUCUUGAAGGAACUUCUUGAAUGUGCAAAGAAAGACUUUAUCUCUUGGAUCACAACCGUCAUAAAAGACAAAACGGAACUUCCUACAUUUGUGGAGCUGGCGUCCAUUUCUGCAGGAGAAAAUGACAUGGACAUUGACAAAGUGAGGUUCUUCCGAGACGCUGUCUCUGCCUCUGUGCCCAUCUUAUUCGACUUGACUCCAGAAUCAGGGUUUGAAGCUUUUUCCUCAGCUCUAAGUCCCAUCAGAGACGCUGUAGAAAAUGACAAUAAACUUCCAAAGAAGCUAAAAGAUUCCUGUCACAACAGAGAGUGGCUGCAAAUGGUCCAUGAUUGUCAUGGGUCUGUGGAGCGCUCCUCGAUGUCUCAGGCCAGGGCCAUCAAUGGCAACGGGAUUUUUAUCAUCUCCACACCUCAGAAAUUCAAGCCUUCUCUGGAUAAUUGCAUUUCACUGCUGCUGCCAGGGGAUGUCGCGGAAAAGGCUGCUCAAGGAGACCAGACAGACAAGACGGACUCUAGAACGUACAGCCUGGCUCAGCUCACGGAGCUGCAGAACAAGCUCAUGCUGAUAGCCACAAAGGCUGAGCAGGGCAGAGAAGAGGUGAACAGGUUCCUGGAGAUCCUGGAAAAAAUUGAAAUGGUUGGGAAGCUCUACUUGCAACUUCUCAGCGUUGGCAACAUCCUUUUCAUAGACUGGAAAGCUGAAGUUUACUGUGACCCCAAACGCAAAGUAACAAUCUACGCAGAGUUUGGAAUAGCCGGAAUCCUUGUUCAGAGCAACAAACCCAUCCUGGAAGAAUUAGAUGGCAUUUGCAAAAUCAUGGAGCAUUGCCUUGUAGAGUGGAAGAAAUAUCUGGAGACUCAAAGGAACAAUUAUUGCCAUCUAAAUAUGUUCAGUGCACGCCAACUCUUCUAUUUGUGUAGCAAGUUAGCCAAACUGCAUGGAGGACAAACAGACCCACAGGCUCUCAAUAUGCUUUCUGUUUUCAAGCAUGAUGUUAAAGACGAGGAUAUCAGAGAAGCAUUAAAGAGAGCACUUGAAACUCCUGCAGAAUCCGUUGAUAUAUCAGAGAAGGAUGAUCAGUCCGUGUCCUGGAAUGACUACAUUGUUAAAUUUCCUCAGCUCAUCCAAGGUCUGGUUGAGUCUGGGUAUGACGAAUCAGUGGGUAAGGCAGCUCUCCAGAGUUAUCUGCCAAACUCAGCCAUCACUGAGCAAAUGCUCAUGGAAUUCGCCUUAGACUACGCUGAUGAAGAGGAAAAGAUUGAAGAGCUGAGCAAAUUAUACGACGAGCAGAGAGAAGCCUUUCUGCAGAAGUCCAUGAAGUUUAAAAACAGGAACAGAGAUGUGGAUCCAUCCACCUUCCAAAGCCUUGCAAAAGAUGAAGUGGCCACUUCCUUUGAGAGUUUGCCGUCUAUCCAUGCCAAGGUGCAUUUACUCUGGAACGCUUACUGUAGCAAGCUCACUGGCUUGGUGUCAGACAAAUACAUCAGCCUGGAUGUUUUCGGUGAAAUGCUGAAAUACCUGACAUCUCCUGAAACCGCUGUCAUUGAGAGGAAUUUACCAGUGGGUUUGGAAGCAGGAAAGCCUUGCCUUGUCACAUGUAAAGAAGAGCAGAUGUUACUCUCCUUGCUGUCAGUCUAUACGCACUCCAAGGGGGCACCUCUUCCAACGUAUGAUGAGGUGCUGGUCUGUACCCCUGAGACAGAGGAAGAAGACAUUGAGCUGAUUGUGAGGAGAGCUCUUUCUCCAGACCCCAGACACAAAAAGAUCUAUUGCUUGCUUGGUGCAGAAAAAUUAGUUUACAAAGUCUCCAAGAACCUAGAGUCCCUCUUCUUCCACUUUGCACAAUCUUGCUGCAAUGCCGAUUACAGGUUUCUUAUCUUCUGUGAUGCCAAAGCUCACAAUUCUUAUGUUAUGACGGCCUUCGACACAUACAAAGUCUCCUUUUCCUGUGAUUCGGGAGUAGAAAUUCAGAAAUAUCUGAAGACACACCUGAGAGUGCCCAGUGGGGUGGCACCUGUUGCUCAGGUCUUUGAAGAGCCCUUUCAACAGAACGUGAAGUUUGUAUUUUCAGAGCGAGCUGGCAUGGGGAAGUCUUUGUUUGUAGCAAAUACCACCAGAAAAGCCAAAACCCGACCAGAGAAUGCAGGGUUGAGCCACAAAACCAUUAGGCUGACAGAGUCGGAAAUAGAUUUUGGAUUUCUCCUGGAGGAGCUUCGCUCACUGGAACAGAAACCAACUGAGGCUGGGCCCAGGAUCUUCCACAUUGACAUAUCCCCUGUGGUCUCGAAGGGUCUUUACAAGUUACUGAUUGAGCUGUGCAUUCUGAGACACAUCCAAAGCCCUGAUGGCAUGGUCUGGAAGUGCAGAGAGUCCCAUCUUUAUUUGAUUGAAUACCUGGUGAGAGGAAAAGGCAUAAGCAGCACAAGAAAACAAGAGAUGACCAGUGAAAUGGAGAAAGGAUUUCUAGGUCUCCUUCCAGCUGUGAAAUGCAUGUCACCAAUAGAAGUACUAGAGAUGCUUAAAAACAACAGUUCUGGAGCUGCUGCUGAAGUGGAACAACAGCUACUGGACAGUGACACAUUCAGGGGUGAUGCCUUCCAAAGGUCAUACCAGUACAUCAGCAGAUACCAGCGAAAGGCCAAUCUUGACAGCUUCUGUUUCACCCCUGGGUGGGGUGAAGGGACCCAGGAAGAGUGUCUGAGGCUCUUGUUGGAGUCCUGUGGGAGAAAGAACCCUUCCUGGACUGAGCUCAGCAACUUCACGCGCUUCCUAAACCUCCAGCUGAUGAAGUGUGAAAACUCAGUGUUCUGCAGCAGCGAAUUAGUGAAAGAGGGAUUUCAGGGGUUCAAGGCGUUUGUGAUAAAAUUUAUGAUCACCAUGUCCAAGGACUUUGCCUUGCCUUCCCUAGCCAUGGCAGAUGAAAGCUCACCCAGUGAAGAGGAGAAAAUGGACGAGGACAGUGUAUUGAGAGGGUACCAGUUAAGACGCAAGUGGGAGCAAGAGUCUCACCCCUACAUAAUUUUCCAUGCUGACAACCACUCUAUGGAGUUCUUGGGUUUCCAUAUCAAUCAGAAUUUUGAUGCUGUUGAUGCACAUUCACCGGCUGUUCUAGAGAAGAAGGUUAUUGACCGACAUUUAUAUCGCACUCUUGAGUUUCAGAAAGUCCCUUUCAAUAAAAAGUUUGAAGAUCUGUCCAGACAAGAGCAGCUAGAAACUCUCUGCAGCGUAUUCGGUGUGAGAAGCUCCCAAGACCCAGAUGAAUCCUACCAACUGACCCUGGACAAUACCAUGAAAAUGCUGGCCAUUCACCUGAGGUUCCAGUGUGGGAUUCCCGUGAUCGUCAUGGGCGAAACAGGCUGUGGGAAGACCAAGUUGGUGCAGUUCAUGUGCAGCUUGCAGAGAGCAGGAAGGGAUGUUCAGAAUAUGAUGCUGGUGCGUGUUCAUGGAGGCACCAGCUCCAAAAUCAUCCACCAGAAAGUCAAGGAAGCCAUCGAGUUGGCGCGCGUCAAUGAAGAGACGCACAACAUGGACACGGUGCUGUUCUUUGAUGAAGCCAACACCACUGAAGCCGUGUUUGCAAUUAAAGAGGUCCUGUGUGACCAAAGUGUGAAUGGAGAGCCAAUCUCCACCACUCGUUUAAAAGUGGUGGCUGCUUGCAACCCUUACAAAAGACACACCAAGGAAACCAUUGAGAAGCUAGAGAAAGCCGGCUUGGGGUACAGAGUUCGGAGUGAAGACACCCUAGAAAAGCUGGGCUUCAUCCCUUUGAGGCAGCUGGUGUAUCGGGUGCAGCCUCUUCCACCGAGCAUGUUGCCUCUUGUCUGGGACUUUGGGGAACUAAAUGAAAAGACUCAGAGUCUGUACAUCAGACAGAUUGUUAAAUCCAUUGUGAAAGACAAGCUUCCCGAAGAGAACAUGGAUGUUUUUACCUCUGUCAUUUCCACCUCCCAGAAGUUUUUAAGAGAAAAGAAAGAGGAAUGCAGAAUCGCCAGUCUCCGGGACAUAGAGCGCUGCAUGGGGGUGCUGCUGUGGUUUUAUAACUUAAGAGACCUGCUUUUUCCUCUUAUCGACAAAAAAAAGAGUGAGGCUCAUCAGUCAAUGGACUAUGACCCAUCCAUUCAUGCCAUUGCAAAGGGGUGUGAGAAAGAUCAGAUAUAUGCAUUAAAUGCAGCACAAAGAUCUCUGGUUCUUGCAGUUGGGGUUUGCUAUUAUGUAUCUCUCGAGAGUCGCCAAGAUUAUCUGAAAGAGAUAGCGAAAUGCUUCUCUGUGCCUGAAUCCCUGCUUCAGCUAGAGAUUGUACUUUGCCAAGAAGUGUUCCUGGAUAACCUCUCUGUUCCCAAGACAACAGCACGGAACGAUGCCCUAAGGGAAAACAUCUUCAUGAUGGUCAUAUGCAUGGACCUGAGAGUGCCACUCUUCCUUGUCGGGAAGCCAGGUAGCUCCAAAUCCUUGUCUAAGACCAUAGCCGCUGAUGCAAUGCAGGGCAGAUUAUCUAAAACAGAAUUGUUCAAACAGUGCAAGCAGAUCCAACUGGUGUCAUUCCAGUGCAGCCCUCAUUCCAAGCCCGAAGGAAUCAUCUCCACUUUCAAACAAUGUGCACAGUUCCAAAGGGGCCAGAAACUGGAGGAGUUUGCCUCUGUGGUUAUCCUGGAUGAGAUAGGCCUUGCAGAAGACUCACCUGAGAUGCCCCUGAAGACACUGCACCCUCUUCUUGAAGAUGGUUGUGUUGAUGAUGAAGCCCCAGAACCGUACAAAAAAGUUGGCUUUGUUGGCAUUUCGAACUGGGCCCUGGACCCUGCUAAAAUGAACCGGGGCCUCCUUGUGUUCCGGACCGACCUCAACAAAGACGAGCUGGUGAAGACCGCCAAGGGGAUCUGUGCUGAUGAGAUGCAUGUUACCAAGAUUGAACAUUUGUUCCCCUCCCUGGCUGACUUCUAUUGUGAUGUGUUAAAGAAACAGUCCAUGGAAUUUUUUGGGCUCCGUGACUUCUACAGCCUCAUCAAAAUGAUACUGUCCUACGCCAAGAAAAUAAAAAGCAUCUCUCAAGAAGAACAGUACAUUGCAAAAGCAAUUCUGAGAAACUUUGGAGGUUCAAAAGAUCUGAAUAUAUUAGAUCUGUUCAGAAAGAACUCACCCAUCUCUCUGCCUUCCAACUUAGAAACCAUCCAUACAGUUCAUUUGUUACAGGAAAAUUUAGACAAGAAACAGAUGGGGUUUGUAUCUAGAUACUUGUUGCUGUUAACAACAAACCAUGCGGCUUUCCAGAUCAUACAGAUGACCAAACUCAUGGACAUAGAGAACUGUGAUAUUAUAUUUGGCUCGGGUUUCCCACGGGACCAAGAAUAUUCACAAGUGUGCCGCUCUGUUAACAGAGUGAAAAUCUGCAUGGAGACAGGCAGGCCUGUCAUUCUCUUAAACAUUCACAACCUGUACGAAAGCCUUUACGAUGCGCUGAACCAGUGCUUCGUCAGGUUAGGAGGAAACUAUUAUGUCGACCUUGGCCUUGGCACUCACAGGGUUAAAUGCCGCGUGAAGGAGGAGUUUAGGUUGAUUGUGAUUGAGGAGAAGAACGUGGUUUACACGCAGUUCCCCACCCCGCUGUUGAACAGGCUGGAGAAGCACUGCUUGGAGAUGAACACCAUUCUGCACUGGCAGCAGAAGGGGCUGACGACACAGCUGAAUGAAUGGGCCAAGUUGUUUGUCACUAUCAAGAACACGGACUUCUGCUGCACGAGGCCGGCAGACCUGGCACCCCAGGAACGUGAUGUUUUCAUUGGUUUCAGCGACGACACUUCUGCCACUGUUGUUCUGCAGUGCUCUCCGAGUGGUUUUCAGGGGAUCUCUCUGCCCGAUGAAGAGUCAGUCCUCGCAGCUUCUAAAAGCAAACUCAUCGAGUGUGCAACCCCUGAUUCCAUCCUGCGCCUCAAAUAUUCUCCGCUGGAGGAUGCGGAGCAGGUUCAGGACCUGUACUUUGGAAAGCAGAAGCACAAUGGCCUGACUGACAUUCUGUGGGGGGCAGUGAAUCAAGAGUCAAAUGCAGAUGGCACCAAUGGACUGUGCCUGGAGGUUUCUACACAUGCAAGACUUCUAAACCAGAGAGAUUUGGAAGUGGUAAGAAAGAGACUGAACCUCCAAAAUAAAAUCCGCUGUCUUUUUCUAAGUCAGUUUGAUACAGAACAUGCAUUCCGCCAGGAACUUAGUAAGUUCUUCAGAGAAUCAACAGAAGAGAAACUGCUUUUUGUCCAGUUCAACUUUGACGAGCCGCAGAGCAGCAAAAGGCUUCUUGCCUGUGCAAAGUAUUGUAUAGUGGAUGAGAGAAGAAAACCAGGAACGACCAGUCCAUCACACGUCGUCAUCAUAACCAAAGUCCCAAGGAUACUUGGGGGGUGCAACUACCUGGCAUUCAGUGCUGGUGAGUGGCGCACUGUUCACUUGGAUGACUUGCUUCCUCCCAAGACCUUUGCAGCCAAUCUGGGACAGCUCUCCAAAAUGACAGUCGCUGAGAUUUUCAUGAACAGCACCCAGCAGAGAACCGACACAAGUUGUCCAGAGGAUUCUAUUGCCCCUGAAGAUGCUGAAAAAGCCAAUGACUCCCCAGAGGAAAAUCUGGAACUGAUCAACACUGAAUUCCUGAUCAAACAAAGUGUCCAGAAAGCUGUAAUCCAGCUGGAGGAUAAGAAAGACAACAGCCAGAGAGCUACAAAAAGGAUACAGAUCCUCUAUGAUGCACUUUUUCAGUCUCAGAGCAAGAAUAUAUUUGCCUGUCAUUUUAUGGAAGUGUUGAAAAGGAGAAUUUGUAACCUUUUACAAGAACGAGAGAUGGUGAGCCAUAAGCCUAGAGAGUGGAUUUUCCGCAGAGCUCUGUCUAGCGAGUUCAUACUUGAAGGCACUUCAUUCAGGCAUGUUGUCUGGAUUCAUUUGGAAGACAUUCUGGCAAAUAUGUUUGCUCAAAUUCUAGCAGUAAUUGAUGCAAACAACAACUUGGAUCAUAUCUCUCAAGAAACUCCUGUCUCUGACCUCUGGCUCCAGAUGUUCAAAGAUGAAUCAUUUCUGAAGAUUAAGUAUACCAGCAAGGCCCCUGAUGCUAAGAUUUCUGUGUUAUCAAUGAGCGAAGACCCCAGCAGGUCCACACAGUGCUGCUUUCCAUUCAGUUGGGUUCUGAAAGCUCGCCUGGAUGAGAUAUGGGAGACAGUCCAUCGGGUGAAAGGUUAUCCAAAGGACCCUACUGUGGACUCUGCUGAGAUGUUUCAAAGCUCUAUCUUGAAUAUGCCAGUGCCAGAUGGCAAUAGUCCAGAAAUGGUUCAGCGUUAUGCCAGUGAUUUUGUGAGGAUGGCUUUUCCAGGGCAAGAUGCUCAGGUUUAUGAGAUUUUGUCUAAUGUUCUCAUAACUGGUGCGAAGCGGCUCUGCACCUCUUUGGCGCAGGACGAGGUGGGGUUUUCCCUGAUUUGGCUGCACAUUGAAUAUUUCUACCUACAAGAGAAUUAUCAGCUGUUCAUCAAUUUAGUGAAGAAUGAGGAGACUCUGGCCAAUGAGCUGCAGAAAGUUUAUAAAGAAGACACAACUAAAAUGUUUGUAGCUCUUGAUGCCGUGAGCAUCAUCCUGAAGCAGCUGCAGCCCACAGAGAAGGUGCUUCUGCCAUUCAACGCCUGCCUAAGCUGGCUGAAAAGGAUCAAGUCCAUUAAGCACACUGUGGAGCUGAUCACAUCCGACGACUACCAGAUGAGACUUUACGAUAACAAAGAGGAAUUAUUGAACAGCGUAUUACACCAAUGGAAUUGCACGAACAUCGUCUACCUGCUCAUCGAUCACCUGCUACACGAUGAAACCAAUGUGGAUGAGAAGCUGCUAAAGCUCGUUGUGAAGCAGUUUGUCUUCCUCUGGAAUCUACUGUACAAAAUUGAAGACCAUAAACCAGCAAAGAUUUUUGAAGUUGUGACAAAAGUGCUGAAGAGAUGCAGCAACAAUGCUGCUACUGUCUACCUUGUGAAGGGCGUGAAAGAGUGCAAAAGCUGCCAGAACGAGAUCACUGACCCGGCUGAGCUGCCCUGUGGUCACAUUUUCUGCACUCAGUGCAUCCGGGAGUGGAACAUCAGGCAGUGCAAGAUCUGCAAGGAGAGCUUCCCCGAGGAUUACGUGCCCACCGCCUCCCAGAUCACCAGGGAGGCAGUUGCAAGUCACAACAAAUUCAGGAGGAAGUGCAAUUCGUUCUUUGUGGAGUUUGUCAGUAGUUACUGUUUUGGGGACAAAAUUCCACCAUCUGCAGAGAUCAUCGAACAACUGAUUAAGUUCGUGGCUUGCAAACCUUCUAACUCAGAACAUCAAGAGAUUAGAAAGGUGUACAAACCAACGAGUGACUUGUCGCCCUUUGAAGAAUGCAUGGAUCCGAGUCCUACUGUCAAGUCCUCCCUUUUGAAAAUGUUGCUCCGAUGCAGACUAGACAACGUGAAGGAACACCUGGAAGGCUAUCUCUCCAGGAUGGAGGAAGUAUUAGCAUUAAAUCAAAGCAGUCGCAAUGAUUUCUAUUUCAUGGUAGUGUGCUGCUUUGAGGAUUUUAUGUAUUCCUCCUUUCAAGAAGACGCCAGCCAGAAUUCGGAGCACGUGCUCUCCACUGCAGAUCUGUCUGCUCCCAGCUCUGCCACCGUCACCAGCAUUGAAAACCUGCAGUUCAUUGCUAAGCUCCGACUCGCCAUCGGUAACGUUGCAGCUGUGCUUGGCAGAGAGCUGCCAAGUGCUGCAGACCAGAAUACAUGGACCAGUGCUGAAACUGCAGAGAAACAGUCCCAACUUGUGAAUUCCAUGAAAACUCUGGUUGAAAAGGCCCAAACACCUUGGCCUCAAAUAUUCCUUAUUAGAAAUCUUUGUAAUUUCUAUGGGCUGAACAUAAUGCAGAAGAUUCUUCAGCAAGAGUCGUGGAUUUUACCCAGAGAAAUUGAGACUUCACAGGACAUGAAAAUCAGCUCCAAUACACCCUUGAUGCUUGUGACGCUAGACAGAGCAAGAGGCCUCAUUAAAAACACAGACUCCGAAGAAGCUAAGCAAAUAACAGCCAUCACAAAGCACAUGGAGAGGCUCCUACAGGCAUCGCGGCCAUCAGAAGAAUCCAUGGAAAACAAAUUGGAAAAGAUCAUGAGUGACGUGAGCAGCCAGGAGAAUGCAGCCUUGCUGGAAGUGGUGCUGCAUACUGCUCUCACGCUGACCCUGUCCCAGCACCCGCUCACCGAGCUAUUCAAAUCCAUCUGCUUCCAGCCCAGCGCUGUCAAGGUGAGCUACCUUCCGACCAUGCCAAGCGACCUUCUCUUUGAUGUGACGAAUUGGAAAAACACUGCCACGGCAGAUACACUGUGGAGAUGCCAAUGCGGGCAGUACUGGCGCAUUGAAAAUUGCGGACGGCCCUGGGUUAUUAUCAAGUGUCUGUGUGACUCCGAGGUCGGUGGGACUAAUCACAACCCCGUGGAGGGAUUUGAGGAAGUAGAUAUCACGAAGGAUAAAACAGAGAGAGGCUACGUGCUGGGGAGUCCGUCCUCACGGAACAAUGAGACAGAGAGGGAUCUGCCUGCAACCUCAGUCUGCAUCGCCAGAGCACUGCUCCAUUCUUCAAUGCUCCUGGGAACUUUUACCGAUAGACAGUCCAUUUUGGAGCUAAUGAAAGUGAAGCCCCAGGACGCAGUAAAGUUCUUUUGUGACCACCUUGAAAAAGACAUCCAGUUCCUAGCGGAGUCACUUAGUGGCAACAUAGACGAUGCAACGAUGACAGUCCACCUAUUCCUCGGAUACAUCCUCGACAGCACAGCCGACACAAACAUGACCAUUAAAUGUAUGCAUGAAAAAGCAGACAGAGUACAGUGGGAAAGCUGUUUAAAAGCCGUAACUCAGUCGUUCUUCCAGGUGCUGGAGCAGAAACUUGCUUCUGCAAAGCAGCAGAUUGUAGAGGAGGGAGCUCACAGUUCAAAUGUUCUCCUGAAAGUAGCCUAUGGCCAGUCCCCGCCUUUCAGCCACCUGCCGAGCUGCGGGCCGAUCAACAUGCCCUGCAUGUGGAGAUUUGAACAGAGGAUGACAGUCCAGCGCCUGACCCAUCUGGUGCAACAAGAAAAUGGAGCAAACCAGUUCCCUGUGCUCCUGGAACUACUGUCCAAGCACCAGCACAUCCGACACAUACGGCACCUGCCUGAAAUUCUCGCUCUGCAGCGCUCUCUGAUCCACUUUUUCCAAAACGGCAAUAUCCAUGAAGGUGAAAGUCUUUCUGUGAGAAACUUCUUGGAACGGGACGACCUCUCAGAUGAUCAGUGUUUGACUUUUGAAAGAGCCAUACAGACUGUUCAGAAAGUGUGGAGCAAUAUAAGAUCAAGCCCCAGAAGCUCAGAAAUCAGUAUCCCUGAGGAACUGUGGUGCAAGGAGAUCAGCGCUGACACUGCCAUCCUGGACCUCCUGCCGACCACUCCAUCCAUAACUUCCAUUGUCACAAGGUUCUUAAUACAGCUCCAGAACAGCUGCUUUGACACAGCAGCUAAACUCACUAAGGAAAAGCAAAGGUCUGUUUCAGCGGAAGAGGUGAAGCACGCCUCUGUGUUAAGUGUUACCGAGAGCGACUUGAUCACCAUGGCGCUGUCGAACUUCCAGUACGCGCUAGAGGAAGAUGGAACCAAAACCACCCACUAUAACUUUCUGACUCUGCAGAGGCAAGUGAUUCACCGCUUCAUCAGCGGGAAGCCCUUCGUGAAAGCCCAGACAAUUCCGUCCAUUGCGCUGAACAAUGUGAAGACUCUGCACUCCACGAAAGCUAACGUUAGAGAACAAUUGCACCAGGAACCACUGAGCGUGAGUCUGAUGAAACGCAUCAUGGAAGAGGCCAGUUCAGUGAGCGACAUUUCCAGAGCACUCUCCACCCUGAAAGUGGCUGCGGAGUUCCUGGCCGUGACUGGAGGGGACCCAGAGCGGCUCCUGACUGAGUAUGUCAGAAAUGAGCUGAAGAUGGAGGCUAAUGCAAAGCAGUUCAGAGACUUACCAGUUGUCCCACAAACGCAGCUGAAGCACAUCCUGUCUCUGUGGCAGAUCCUGUCAGCAAAGAGAUCAGCGCUACUUGUACAAAUGAACCAGAAUCCCUUCUUCCUGAUAGACAAGGGCUACCAUGAUGAGCUGGCUGACCAGGAGAGGGAGGAGCUAACAACUGCAUUAUCCACUGUCAAUAUUGAGUUCUUUAUCAUCGAGCUGCACGAAAUGAUCACAGUGGCAUUGGAAAGCUGCAAAAACAGUUGGGGGAUAGUGGAGACCUUUCAAGAAUAUUUAGAAAAAGAGGGAAAAGAAGAAAAUUACAUUGUGAAUCUGACCAGCGCUGUGAGCCCAGACCUUCAGCUGAAGAACGUCAUUUCAGUGUGGAAAACUGCUGUGCUAAUCAACAAAACAUACGCCCGCUCCUACAUCCAAGCGUGA